GGCGGCCUGGGCGGCGGGCUGGCCGGCGGCGGCGGCGGCCCGGCGGGCGGCGGCAGCCCCGAGAAGAGCCGCAGUGCGCAGGAGUACAAGGAGCAGGGCAACCGGCUCUUCGUCGGCCGCAAGUACCCGGAGGCCGCCGCCUGCUACGGGCGCGCCAUCAACCGGAAUCCCUUAGUGGCGGUUUACUACACCAACCGCGCCUUAUGUUACCUUAAGAUGCAGCAGCAUGACAAGGCCCUGGCUGAUUGUAAGCACGCCCUGGAGCUGGACAGCCAGUCUGUAAAGGCGCACUUCUUCCUGGGGCAAUGCCAGAUGGAGAUGGAGAACUACGACGAGGCCAUUGCUAACCUACAGAGAGCCUACAACUUAGCCAAAGAGCAGCGCCUGAACUUUGGGGAUGACAUUCCAAGUGCUCUGCGGAUUGCCAAGAAGAAGCGCUGGAACAACAUUGAGGAGAAACGGAUCAACCAGGAGAAUGAGCUGCAUUCCUAUCUCACCAAACUGAUCAUGGCAGAGAAAGAAAGGGAGUUGGAUGAAUGCCGACGUGCCCAGGAGGAGGAGAACGUGGAUGAGAGCCGGAGCCGGGUGCAGCUGGCCAACGUCGAAGCCAAACACGAGAAGUACCUGGCGGACAUGGAUGAGCUGUUCUCCCAGGUGGAUGAGAAGCGGAAGAAGCGGGACAUCCCCGAUUAUCUGUGUGGGAAGAUCAGCUUUGAACUGAUGCGAGAACCCUGCAUUACGCCAAGUGGCAUUACCUAUGACAGGAAGGACAUUGAAGAGCACCUCCAGCGUGUCGGCCACUUUGACCCUGUGACCCGGAGCCCAUUGACCCAAGACCAGCUGAUCCCCAACCUUGCCAUGAAAGAGGUCAUAGAUGCGUUCAUAUCUGAAAACGGCUGGGUGGAAGAUUACUGACGACAAAUCCAGGUGUGGGCCGAGCCUGCAGUUGUGCAGAGCUCCCAGCUGUGGCGGGCGAAGGCACACCUGGACUGCCAUGGACCACUCUCUGAGCUUGCCGGGCCAGCACCAUGCCUUACUCACUGUCUGUCUGUCUGUCUCUCUCCUGCACCAGAGCCAGGGCUCCGUUAGCUAAGUUAGGGCUCCUUGGCUCCCCAGCGGGCCGGGGAUGCAGAGCCCCCCCGACUCCUCGUGUCGGUCUGCUUCCGGGUGGAAGUGCGGGUCCCGGAAGGUGGGUGGAGGCGAGGUCCCGGCCCUGGUCUCAGGAAGGUGGAGAAAGCCUGGCCACAUUCGAGAAGCGAGGCGAGAAGGAAAGUCUACAGCUAUGCCUUUUUGGAAAGUUGUGAAGGGCUGGCUUAGGCCUGGAGGCCCUCCAGAAGCCCCAGCAGCCCCCAAGAGACGACGACUCUGGCUCUCAAGCCACCCCAACCUUCCACACCGUGCCCUUCAUUUUCCCUUAGCCGCUGCCUGACUCCGGUCCUGACGUGGGGCCUGGCCUCUGUGGCGUGAGAAGAACCGGAAAGGCCGGGCCCCCUCGCCCCCGGUCUCAGCUAACCGCCAAACAGGCACUUCUUGCCCGCUGCCUCCUCUGCGCAAACGUCCUUGUUUGCGCCUUUCAUCCUUGCAUCUGCCCAGAUUAUCUGUUUGGUUGUUUUUGGCCUGUUUCCUUUGUAAAUAAAUAGCCACUCAUUUGGGGGGGUUUGUGUGUGAAAAGGGCACAAUGAAAUUAUUCUUCUGCA